GUAAGUUUUCCACAAGUCCUGUGUUUGCGAGUGACUGUGUAUAUACUUUCGAAGCAACCAUGAAGAAAGCAGUUAACCGAGACAGCUAGACCUAUCACACAGCGGUCCUGACUUGGAAUGUUUCCUUUUGUCUGAAUCGGUAAACGCAAAUUGAUGUUGGAUAUUUGUUUUUGUUUUGCGGGUUUUUUGAUAUCCUAGGUCGUACUGCAGCUAUAAGGAAUUCAAUGACAGGGCUUAGAACCGUGAUCUUUGUUUCGCUUUCUGGGUCGAUUUCAUUUACACUCUUACUAUUAGCCUGUGCGCUACCUCAAUACAAUGUUUGGUGGCCACUAUUCAUGCUAAUAUUUUACGUAAUAGCGCCAAUACCAUUACUAAUUGCUAAAAAUUGUCAGGAAGGCCAUUCAUUUGGGGAUGUUAGUAUUUUCCUGACUACAGUCGUAGUAUUUUCAGCGUAUGCACUACCCAUAUUGUUUGCGCGAGCUCCUAAAAACAAUCCUCUCAUAUUUUGGGGUGCUUGUGCACUUACGUUAUCGGCAAAUACGCUUAUGUUUGCAACCAUCUUUUUUUUGGUUUAUCUGGUGGUAAAGUCUGAUGAUUUUGACAGCGCUUUUUAAUUUCAAAUGAUGGAUCCAAACUUUUGGUUGAAUUUUGAUUUAUGAAAGCAUCUGUUACUAUACUUUUCACGUCAUAUAAGACAAUUAAUUUAACCCCCAAUUUUCAUGUAUAUUUUUCAUUCCAAUAAACCAUUACAAAUAAACUAAAACUUGUUAUA